GUGGGUCGCUGCCCUGGCCCCGGGCUCUGCGGGGGGGUGGGGCGGAAGCGGGGCUUGUGGGGCUGCAGGCGGCCAUGGGCGAUCACUUUUUAUGGACUGAUGAUAUUGAAGAGGAAAAUGAAUGAAUGGAACAGUUAGGGCAGAUAGGAUGUUUGCACUUCAUGCUCUUGGCCUACUACAGAAAACAAAUAACAGUCUAUCUCUGAAGUGACUGAAAUCAUUGGAGCCGUAUGUGCUGAGGAACAGCUCCUCCUUCUUUGAAGGCCUCUUGCACUCUCUGCUUUCCCAGAGAGCAUUCAGAUUUGCAAGCGUGUUUCUGAGAACAUGCCAACAUUCAUCAGACUGGGUGCUCUUUUGUGAUGUAAUGUAAAAUGAGUCUCUUAAACGUGAUGGCCUGCUGCUGGCCAAAUGGAGUUGGCAUUGUAGCAGAAUAAAGAGUAUGCCUGUUUUUACAUGUUUUACCUUUUUGCUAAGCAGCCAGGGCACAAUGAUGGAUAACCGUUUUGCUACAGCAUUAGUAAUUGCCUGUGUUCUCAGCCUAAUCUCCACCAUCUAUAUGGCAGCUUCCAUCGGCACUGAUUUUUGGUACGAAUACCACACUCUGUCCCCAGCUGAAAAUGUUAGUGAAACUGGCAAAAGCAUCUGGGAAGAAUUUGUCAGCGAAGAGGCAGAUGAGAAGACCUAUACAGAUGCACUCUUCCGGUGCAAUGGGACAGUUGGAUUGUGGCGGAGGUGUAUCACUGUACCAAAAAACUCUCACUGGUACAGCCCACCAGAACCUGAUAUGACCACAAAUUGCAUCAGUUUUUCCCUCUCUGAUCAGUUCAUGGAAAAAUACAUAGAGCCUGGAAACCACAAUAGUGGCACAGAUCUGAAUCGGACUUAUCUCUGGAGGUUGCAGUUCCUCCUGCCAUUUGUCAGCCUUGGCCUCAUGUGCUUUGGGGCUCUGAUUGGGCUCUGUGCUUGUGCCUGUCGCAGCCUUUACCCUGCCAUUGCCACUGGAGUCCUCCAUUUCCUUGCAGGGCUCUGUACACUGGGCCUGGUUGGCUGCUAUGUAGCUGGGAUUGAGCUGCUCCACAAGAAGCUGCCCCUGCCUGAUGAUGUGAGGGGUGAAUUUGGUUGGUCCUUCUGCCUAGCCUGUGUCUCGGCACCUUUGCAAUUUAUGGCAGCUGCUCUUUUCAUCUGGGCAGCUCGCACCAACAGGAAAGAAUUCACUCUCUUGAAAGCGUACCGUGUAGCAUAAGUGCUACUACCUAAGCAUUAGGUUUCCAUGUUAUAGCCUCUUCUUUUCCCAGCCCUUACCACUUUUGUUCUUCUUUUACUCAGAAUUUUGCCUUGUUACUGCAUGCUUCUUGACAGUUGAGACAGUAUAGCCUGCAGGCCCUGAAGACAAAAACUUCUGGGCUAAAUGAGCAAACUGUGCUGGAAGUCUGCAGAAUUGAAUAGGUUUUUUUACAUUUUGAAGACAAUCCUCUUUUUUCACAUUUUUGUUUUGAACUUAAUUUGGUUAUUGAAUAGCCCCCUUUUUAGGUGUUCAUGGCCCUUCCUAAUUUUAUUAUCUUUUCAGCCUGGAGGAAAUAGAAGAGGCAUUGUGGAGUGAAAGAGGGAUAGGAGAAGAAAAGGUGUGGGUAGGUAAGAAUAGGCACUGCAGUGCACAAAUAAUAAGUAAUCGGGCAUUGUCUGCUAUGUGACCCCACAGGCAGUACCUACAAAGAGCACCCAAGAGAUGUGGGUGAACAUAGAAACCUCUGCGAUGGAAAUGUUGUAGCUACAUCAGUGCUGUAGCUUAGCUUUGAGUCUCUUACUCUCACUUGUUUGCCACUUUUUGUGGCUUCUGCCAAGACUGAAAUAAGCAGAACAGCUUACUGUGGGAGCAUCUGCACAGCACACAUCCCAAACACAGAUUCUGUGCUUGCUUUUGCCAAGGAACAGAGUAAGUUGGCCUAUGUGGAGCUUUGCGCUGCUAUAGCUACACUGCUUCCAGGACCCAGGCUAGUUUGGUAUCUACAAUGCAAGUGAGUGUGCACUGUGAUCUGAACUUGUGCUUUUGCUUGCUGUGAAAUAAGACUUUCCUCUCUCUUGUUCUGUUGGAAACAGUCCCUCACAACUUUUCAUUUUUAAUUUGGCUUAGCGUAUGUGUGUAUAUGUAUAUAAAUUAACUUUUUUUAAAGCUCACCUGUUUAUCUUAUGUAGCAUACAACAGGGUUGUGGGUUUUUCUUCUUUUGUAAAACGGUGCUGCUUUCUUCCCACCUUGCCCAAGAACUAUUGUUUAAAUGAAAUAAAAACAGAGUAAAAGCUCAAAAAUUUUAUGAGUUGCAUGCAUUUGGGAGGGUUAGGGAAUGAUCUGAAAUGGAUUUUACUUGGGGAAAGAAAAGCCAGUGUCCAUACUAAUUUUACUUGGGAGAAGAAAAGCCAGUGUUUGUACAAAAUAUCUUUUUCUAUCUUUAGGGAAAUGUCAUGAGAAACAAGAUGUUUGGUUAGAUUUCUUAUUAAACCGUUCAGCUCCUGCUAA